AUGUCAUUAAAACGAUAUAAUACCCCUCCUGCAAGAAAUUUAAAACGUCGCCAUUCAUAUACUAUCAGAGGCAUUAAGAUCCUCCGAUCCGCCACUACUUUAAUCAUAUUUGGUUCUCUGAUAGUGGUAGUUACAUUUGCAUAUAUUUUAUUAUCAAGACCAGCGAUAUACUCCAAGCAUAAAAUAACGUCACCACUACUCAAGGGACCUUCUAAUACGUCAAAUGCUAAUGAUAUUCAUGCUGAUGACCAACGGUCACGCACCUUUCAGCAUAAAUUCAAACUAAAGCAUAUACAUAGACAUGGUGUAACACCUUUAACCUCACAGACUCAUCAACGCUUAGACGUCAACGACGAAUUCUUAUUCCAAGCUAACAAAUUGUACCAAGAAACAACAGAGUCCAAAAUACAGACCAACGAUGCUUCCCUAUUAUACGAGCAAGAGGACAUGUUAUGGACAACAAACGAGAAUUACUCUACCAACUCACCUUUCUCAUUUGAGUUUAACAUAAAAUCAAAACAAAUAACUCUACAAAGGUUGACAGAUAGGACUCCGAAAUUCAUUGAAUCAUACCUGGAUUUCGCUUAUAAAUCCCCGCAAUUGGCAUCCACCAUCGAACUAGAUUGGAAUAACGAUGAUCAAGUGAUCGCACCCGAUGUGACGGACAAGGAGACUAUCAUAUCUCUGGCUCUAAUGUCAUCAAAUGCAUACGUACAAAUUCCACAAACAGGUGAUUGGAGAAAUGUAUCUUCACCAUGGAAUGGAUCUGAAUCACAGGAUUUCGGGUGGGAUGGUAAUGGAAUAAGAGGUCAUGUUUUUGUUAAUGAAUUAGAUAAUAUUGUGGUGAUCUCGGUGAAGGGGACCAGCGCUCAAGGUUUACCCGGAUCAGGCAUUGAUGAAACUACUGUCAAUGAUAAGAUUAAUGAUAACCUUUUAUUUUCAUGUUGUUGUGCAAGAGUUAGUUAUUUGUGGACUACUGUGUGCGAUUGUUAUGUGAAAUCUUACACGUGUGAUGAAUCAUGUCUUGAGAAGGAAUUAAGACGGAAAGAUCGUUAUUAUAAUGCUGUCAUAGAUAUUUAUAAAGAUGUUUUGAACCAAUAUCCUAAUGCAGAGAUUUGGGUGACUGGUCAUUCUCUUGGAGGUGCACUUGCGGCUCUUAUUGGAAGAACAUUCGGUCUCCCUGCAGUAGCAUUUGAAGCUCCAGGUGAAUAUUUAGCUGCAAAAAGAUUACAUCUACCCUUCCCUCCCGGAUUACCUGCAUAUUUAGAGGGUGUUUGGCAUUUUGGACAUACAGCUGACCCCAUUUUCAUGGGUACAUGUAAUGGAGCAAGUUCAAGUUGUUCACUUGUUGGUUAUGCUAUGGAAACAUCAUGUCAUACGGGGAGAGUUUGUGUGUAUGAUGUGGUUAAUGAUAAAGGUUGGAGGGUUAAUAUGUUAAACCAUAGAAUACAUAAAGUUAUUGAUGAAAUACUUACUGAUUACGAUCAACCAGCGAAAUGUUUGGCUCCAUAA